GGUCACUGGGCGGGUUGUGGGCGUGGUUCGAGGUGCCAACGAAGGCGGAGCGGCGGCGUCCGGGCGCAUUCUGGACGGCGAUGGCGGCCGCUAUGGUGACCGCGGCAGUGGCGGUCCCGGCGCCACCGAGCGGAGCGGAUGGCGCGUCGUCUGUGCACUGGUUCCGCAAAGGCUUGCGGCUCCACGACAACCCGGCGCUGCUGGCGGCCGUGCGCGGGGCUCGCUGCGUGCGCUGCGUUUAUAUCCUCGACCCGUGGUUCGCGGCCUCCUCAUCCGUGGGGAUCAACCGGUGGAGGUUCCUUCUGCAGUCUCUGGAAGAUCUGGACACAAGCCUAAGGAAACUGAACUCCCGCCUGUUUGUGGUCCGGGGACAGCCAGCUGAUGUGUUCCCAAGGCUGUUCAAGGAAUGGGGGGUGACCCGCUUGACCUUUGAAUAUGACUCGGAACCCUUUGGGAAAGAACGGGAUGCAGCCAUCAUGAAGAUGGCCAAGGAGGCUGGUGUGGAAGUGGUGACUGAGAACUCCCAUACCCUCUAUGACCUGGACAGGAUCAUUGAGCUGAAUGGGCAGAAGCCUCCUCUCACCUACAAGCGCUUUCAGGCCAUCAUCAGCCGCAUGGAGCUGCCCAAGAAGCCAGUGGGCUCGGUGACCAGCCAGCAGAUGGAGAGCUGCAGGGCUGAGAUCCAGGAAAAUCACGAUGACACCUAUGGCGUGCCCUCCCUGGAGGAGCUGGGGUUCCCCACGGAAGGACUUGGCCCAGCUGUCUGGCAAGGAGGAGAGACAGAAGCUCUGGCCCGCUUGGAUAAACACUUGGAACGGAAGGCCUGGGUUGCCAACUAUGAGAGACCCCGGAUGAAUGCCAAUUCCCUGCUGGCCAGCCCCACAGGCCUCAGCCCUUAUCUGCGCUUCGGCUGCCUCUCCUGCCGCCUCUUCUACUACCGCCUGUGGGACCUGUAUAAAAAGGUGAAGCGGAACAGCACACCUCCCCUGUCCCUGUUCGGGCAACUUCUGUGGCGAGAGUUCUUCUACACGGCAGCCACUAACAACCCCAGAUUUGACCGCAUGGAGGGGAACCCCAUCUGCAUCCAGAUCCCCUGGGACCGCAACCCUGAGGCCCUGGCCAAGUGGGCCGAGGGUAAAACAGGCUUCCCUUGGAUUGACGCCAUCAUGACCCAGCUGAGGCAGGAGGGCUGGAUCCACCACCUGGCCAGGCACGCUGUGGCUUGCUUCCUCACCCGCGGGGACCUUUGGGUCAGCUGGGAGAGCGGGGUUCGGGUAUUUGAUGAGCUACUGCUGGACGCGGACUUCAGCGUGAACGCCGGCAGCUGGAUGUGGCUGUCCUGCAGUGCUUUCUUCCAACAGUUCUUCCACUGCUACUGCCCUGUGGGCUUUGGCCGCCGUACGGACCCCAGUGGGGACUACAUCAGGCGGUAUCUGCCUAGAUUGAAAGGCUUCCCCUCUCGAUACAUCUAUGAGCCCUGGAAUGCCCCAGAAUCGAUUCAGAAGGCAGCCAAGUGCAUCAUUGGUGUGGAUUACCCACGGCCCAUCGUCAACCAUGCUGAAACCAGCCGGCUCAACAUCGAGCGAAUGAAGCAGAUCUAUCAGCAGCUCUCACGAUACCGGGGACUCUGUCUGCUGGCAUCUGUCCCUUCGUGUGUGGAAGACCUCAGCCACCCAGUGGCUGAGCCUAGCUCAAGCCAGGCUGGGAGCAUCAGCAGCACUGGCCCCAGACCACUUCCCAGCAGUCCAGCCUCCCCCAAACGCAAGCUGGAAGCAGCUGAGGAGCCGCCUGGUGAGGAACUCAGCAAACGGGCCAGGGUGGCGGAGUUGCCUGCCCCAGAGCUGCCAAGCAAGGACUCCUGAGCGUGAGUGGCAGCAGCUUAGAGUCCUCCUCAGGAAGGAAGCUGCAGAGUCCUAGCUCCAUGAGCAAAGACUGGGUGCCCAAGCAGCCACCACAGCCACAGAGUGCAACCUACAGAGAAGCCGAUUGCCGACCAAGAGAGAGCAAGUGUGUGUGUGCGUGUGUGCAGAGGAAGGAGUGGUGUGCUGUGUGCGUGUGCAUGCAUCUGUUUACACUCUCAUGAUCCUGAGUGCUGCCUCGGUGGGAGGAGUACCUGGAGCACACCUCCCAGUGGGCACUUCUUCCUAGCCUACAGACUUGAGCCCAGAAGUCAUGGCGCUAAUCUUCAGCCUAGACCUGCCCUGAGAGCCCCCUUGUCCUAAUAGGACAUUGCAGUACCACCUUAGCUGGGAUUCUGGCAUCUGCUCCCAUCCUCACAUCCCUCUGAGGAGUCAGAGGACUAGAUUUGGGCUCUGUCCAAAGUGUGGGAUUCUAGAGGCAUCCACUGAGUCCCCAUUUUCUGACCCUGGGAAGCUGGUUUGCUGGAGUAGGCAGAUUUGUCCAGACUUAACCACAAUCCCUGUCAUCUUACUCUAAAUCCCUGCCCCUGGUGCCACAGACUCUUCCGUGGGCAUUUGUGAUAAGCACGAGGCUGUAGACAGAGCUGGGAAGGUUCCUCCAUCAUACAGCGUGUACCCAGGUACCUGUCAUGAGUGUGCCAGCACUACAGAGACACCCAAGACAGCACACCCACCUUUUCAGGCUUUGAACCUAGGGAGAGAAGCAGAAUCUCAGCUCUCACUGUUCCUUCCCCAGAAGCUUUGAGGUAGUCUCCAUCUAGCCAGGAGCUGCAAAGGGCAGGGUCAGAGUGGGUACCUCUGCCUGGAGUAGACCAGAUCCUGAUGGCUUAUGCCCCUCUGACUCCUCUGGCCACACUCCAAGGCACCACAGUGCCCCAACAUAGACAGCUGG